AUGGCUUCCUCAACUUCACUACUGUUUUCUCUCGCUGCUUUCUUGUUCUUGGUUAGCUUCAUCCAAACCAACGAAGCUAAGCUUAAUGGUACCAUAUUCAUGAACCAAAUCCUGGAUGGUCAUAAUGCAGCUAGGGCAGAAGUUGGCGUACCACCACUUACAUGGGACCGAAACUUAGCUGUAUUCGCACGAGGUUACGUGCAUGAAGAUAGACGUGCAGACUGCAAACUGCUUUACUCAGAACGUUGGUCUUUCGGUGAAACCAUCUACUCUGGUCCACGUAAUAUGACUGCUGCAGACGCUGUAGCUUAUUGGGUGUCUGGAAAACAAUGGUAUUCCUAUGAGACUAAUUCUUGUCUACCGGGUAUGGACUGUUCGGAUUAUACUCAAGUUGUAUGGAGAACUACCGAGCACGUUGGUUGUGCACAGAUUAAAUGUGAUACUGGUGACCUCUUCAUCGCUUGCGAGUAUUACCCUCAUGGAAAUUACGAGGGAGCAUGGCCUUAUUAG